UCGAACAGAUGUGAUAUAAUACUUAGUAUAAGCGUUCACAAUUCUCAUAGAAAUUAAUAUCUUUCCACGUUAUUAUUUAAAUACUGGAUUUAUUUCGUAAUAUUUUAUUUAUUUGUAAUAUUUUAAUAAAAAACUGAAAUAGCUAAAGCAGUGCGUUUGCCGUUCAAGAUAGAUUGCAAUAAAUAAAUCUUUGAACAAAGAAAAAAGAGAAUCUUUGUGAUCUAAGUGAUAACAUUGCAAGUGAUAUGAGUCGUAGCACGAAAAGUCGUAGUGAUAAAAACGAAGUGCGAAGAUCCGCAUUAUCGUUCGUUGCAAACGGUUCGCUCGACGUUGACCAUAUAUUACAAUCCGAUCCUUUGAUAGAUGUUAAAAUGUUUGAAAAGAGUGAAGCUGCUUGUAUUCAAAAAGUGCUGAAUGAUUUCGACAAUAAGAUUACACAAGAAAAGGCUCUUAAAGCAAGUCUUACCGCGAAGAAAAGUCCGAGAAAACGUCUGAGUUCUACGAAAAAAUCCCCAGUAAAGUCUCCAAUAAAGGACCCGAUGGAUUUGCCUGGGACUUCAUCAAAUACGAAUAGCAACGUUAUUGAAGCAAAAACUGUAGUAAAUAAAAGGAAAAGAAAUUCAACAAAGCCUCGACAGACCUCUAAGACGGUUGAGCAAACAAUUUCACUAGAACUUCCAUGUGAUAUUGAUAAUGUAAAAGAAAAGAUCCAAACAUUUUCAGAAGCUAGUGGCGAGAAGAAUGUCGAUUCAAUCAAACAUAUAACAAAUAAAGAAAUUUUGCAGAACAUAACAAAUAUCAGUGAGAAAAAUCUGCAAACGAGCACUCCUAAAAAAGAAAAAUCUAAAACACCAAAAAAGACGGCAAAAAAGGAAGAAUCAAUAAGGGAGAAUCAAAAGGCAGAAAUUAAAAAACCGAAAAUUAAAGAUUCUGAAAAUAAGUCAAAGACAGAUGUUGGGCGCAAAGAAAAACAGAAAAUAUCGAAGCAGAAUACAAAAGACGAGCAAGGCGAAAAUGCAGGCGCAAGCAUGCUUAGUGGAAAGAAAAAAACAAAUGUGGAAUUAAAAAAUAAUUUGGAGUCUAAUAAAAUAAAUAAAGAUACAUCGAAAAAUAAAGUAAAAGAUAAGAAAGAGCGAAGUUGCGCGACACUUCUUAGCGAAAUGGGAAAAAAAUGUGAAGUGGAAGAAAAUAAUAAUAUAGAAAAGAAUACUAAAUCUAAGAAAUGCGACAAAAACAUGCCUAAUCAAUUGAAAGAGAAGAAGCUAAAAGAAGAAAAUUCCGAAAACAAACUGCAAAAAAACGCCCAAUCAAAUAAAUCAUCGCAAAUAAAUAACGUAAAGAAUAUAAAAUGUCAAUGCAAAAAAAGCUGCGCAAAACGUGCUGACAAUAAAUGUUCGAGAGAAAAAGAGCAUGACAAAAAGAUGAGACAACAUAAAAAGAAUAAAAAGACUGCGAGAGCUAUGCAGGAUCUUAGCCGACGUAUAACAAUUGUCAAGGAGAAAAUAAAACGCAUUAAAAACGAUUUAGAGAGCAGCGAGUCAUCAGAUUCUGGCAGCAGUUACACUGACGAGUCAUCGUACUCGUCACAAUCAUCUUAUUCAACGUAUUCAUCUUCAUCAUAUUCAUCUGAUUCCUAUUCGUCCUACUCUUCGUGCACCUGUAGCUGUUCAAAUUGCCAUUGCGAUGAUUACACCGACACCGAAUACACCCUUGAUUCAUGCAAUUCUUCGAGUUUUAGUGGAAGUAGCAAUAACCAAACCGAGACUGCAGCGAAACAAAAGACUUGCAGUAAAAUAAAUUAAAAAUAAAAUUAAAGCAAAUUAAAGAAAAUUAUUAAAGAAUAUUUGAUCGUAUAUUUUGUAAACUCAAACAGUUUGAAAUAAAACCGGAAAUUUCAAUGAAAUCAAGCACAAAAAGCUCUAUUUUUAUUAUUAUUAU